AUGGCACAGACCAAUGGAGAAAGAGAGCACUUAAAAGAGUCUCCCGAACAAGUCGCCAAUGGAGACAACCAAGAGGUUUCCCAGGAGGAGGAUGGCGCUGGCGGCCUUUUCCAGAUUUCCGUCAAGCUUCCCCACGAACCUUACAAGAUCCAGGUGAUGGUCUCCAGCCAAGAACAGGUCCAGGAUGUCCGUCAAUCGAUCGUCGAGUUGCCCGGCACCUUCCAAUACACUUGCUUCCAUCUUGAGUUCAACGGAAACCGUAUCAACGACUUCGUCGAGCUGUCCGAGGUUCCGGAUUUGCAGGCGGAUUCGGAGAUCGUCCUGGUUGAGGAUCCCUACACCGAGAAGGAUGCCCGUAUGCACGUCGUUCGUCUAAGGGAGCUUCUCGGAGCUGCGGGUGAUCGAAUUGACAACCUCCAAGGUGUCAGUGCUGGAUUGUCGCUCCACGACUCCAUCGCGGCCGAAAUUGGUGGAGAAAACACAGAAAAGGAGCACUCUCUGACCAAGUACGAGAUCUCGGGCACUUCCUCCUUGAAGACUAUCCUUCCCAGGGCGGAGGCUCCUGCUCCUAAAACCAUCAAGUCAAUCUCCCUUUCUCCGUGGAACCCCGCACCUUACCACCUCCGGCAGAAGGGCCACCUACUCUAUCUCCAGGUGACGACCAACGAAGGGGAACAGUUCCAGAUCACCUCCCACGUUUCUGGGUUCUACGUGAACAAGUGUUCCAACACCAAAUUCGAUCCUUUCCCCAAGACUAUCCCUAAGAAGGGCAGCGCACAUUCGCUGCUCAACCUGAUCUCUCAGCUCUCUCCUUCCUUCGACUCUGCUUUCCAGGCCUUGCAGGAAUCUAACAACCAGAAAGACCUCCUAACGACAUUCCCUUUCCAAAACUCCAUCCCCUCCAGCCCAUGGCUUGUCUCGCCUCCGACGUCUAAUGUGAACGCCCACCAGCCAGACAUCACCCGUUCUCAGGAAAACUAUCUCAUUUCUGGUGUGGACAAUGCCGAGACUUUGCGAGACUGGAACGAGGAGUUCCAGACCACCAAGGAACUGCCCCGCGAGACUGUGCAAGACCGUGUCUUCCGCGAGCGUCUGACCUCGAAGCUCUUUGCUGACUACAACGAGGCCGCUGCCCGCGGCGCCGUCCUAGUUGCCCGUGGAGAAGUCGCUCCUCUCAACCCCACAGAGGCCGAAGACGCUCAGAUCUUUGUGUACAACAACAUCUUCUACUCGUUCGGCGCUGAUGGUGUUGGGACUUUUGCUUCCGAGGGUGGCGACGAAGCCGCGCGCGUUGCAGUCGGCAAGGAUGUUCUUGGUAUCAAGGCUGUUAACCAGCUUGACAUCAAUGGUCUGUUUACACCGGGAACUAUUGUGGUUGACUACAUGGGCAAGCGCAUUGUCGGACAAAGUAUCGUCCCCGGUAUUUUCAAGCAGCGGGAACCCGGUGAGCACCAGAUCGACUACGGUGGUGUUGAGGGCAAGGAUGUCGUCGCCACUCACCCCGACUUCGUCUCUGUUUUUGAAAAGCUGUCCAAGGCUCUCAGAAUUAAGAAGCACACCGUCUGGGAUAAGGAGAAUGAGCGCCACGACCUCGAAGGUAGUGUGGAAACCAAGGGUCUUCUGGGAACUGACGGCCGUAAAUACGUUCUUGACCUCUACCGCGUAACUCCACUUGAUGUAGAAUGGCAGGAGGAAGAGGGCAGCGAUUCGUACCCUCACCGAAUGUCUGUUCUUCGACUGGAGCUUGUUGAAUCUUACUGGAGGCACAAGAUGAGCCAGUACGUGAAGGCCGAAGUGGAGGGCCGCCGUAGCGCCAAGGCCGAGGAAACUGCUGAGAAGAAGGAAAAGUCUGAUGAGGCAAAGGAGGAAGGUUCUGAGUCCCAGGACCAGGAGCGUGUUGAUAUCUCGGGAUUCACCCUCGCGCUCAACCCUGACGUCUUCAGCGGCCAGGUUCCUCAGACCAAUGAAGAGAAGGAGCAGUGGGCCCAAGAUGAGAAGGAGGUUCGUGAAGCCUGUGAUUUCUUGCGGUCCAAGGUUAUGCCAGAGCUGGUUCAAGAUCUGCACGAUGGUGACGUCGGCUUCCCAAUGGAUGGUCAGUCUCUUAGCCAGCUAUUGCACAAGCGUGGUAUCAAUAUCCGCUACCUGGGCAAGUUGGCCAAAUUGGCCAAGGAGAAGGGCUCCCGCCUUGAUGCUCUUUUCACUCUGCUAGUACAGGAGAUGGUCGCUCGUGCGUUCAAGCACAUUGCCAACCAGAAGCUGCGGAACGUUCCUGGGCCUUUUGCUGCGUCAUGCGCUGCCCACUUGUUGAAUUGCCUUCUUGGAGCUGAUGUCAAUGCCGCACCUCGUGCUGAGAUUGACUCAUCUCUCCGCGAAAUCUACCCCGAAGGCGACUUCUCUUUUGAGAAGGUCACACCUGCUUCUCUACGGGCAGAGAUCGAGAAGCAGGUUACUCUCCGAUACCACUUCACCUUGGAAUCUGGGUGGUUCAACUCCCUAAGACACCUACAGCUUCUCCGCGAUGUCGCUAUUAAGCUUGGUAUUCAGCUGGGUGCUCGCGAUUUUGCUUUUACCAAGGCCCAGGCCGAAGGUCUCCGGAAAGCGUUGCCCGCCACCAACGGCGCCAAUGGUGUUGGGCAGGAUGAGGGCAAGAAAAAGAAGAAGAAGGGCGGCGACUCGGGCUCGCCCGCCCGUGCUCCUAUCCAGGAGAAGGCAAUCGCCACCUUUGUACCCGACGAUAUUGUCAACAUUGUCCCAUUGGUCAAGGACGCCUCUCCCCGAAGCUCACUUGCUGAGGAGGCCCUGGAAGCUGGACGCAUCUCUCUCAUGCAGAACCAGAAGCAGCUAGGCCAAGAACUCAUCUUGGAGUCUUUGUCUCUGCACGAGCAGAUCUACGGUAUUCUCCACCCUGAGGUCGCGAAGCUGUAUCACCAGCUGUCUAUGCUCUACUACCAAACGGACGAGAAGGAUGCCGCUGUCGAGCUGGCUCGGAAGGCAGUCAUUGUCACUGAGCGCACACUUGGUGUUGAUUCUGCCGAUACCAUCCUGAGCUAUCUCAACCUCAGUCUCUUCGAGCACGCUUCCGGCAAUACCAAGACUGCCCUGGUGUACAUCAAGCAUGCCAUGGACCUGUGGAAGAUCAUUUUCGGCGCCAACCACCCUGACUCAAUUACUACUAUGAACAAUGCUGCGGUGAUGCUUCAGCACUUGAAGCAGUACACUGACUCCAGGAAAUGGUUCGAGGCGUCAUUGUCGGUCUGCGAGUCUCUCUUUGGCAAGCAGUCCAUCAACACCGCUACGAUCUUGUUCCAGCUCGCUCAGGCCUUGGCCCUUGACCAGGACUCGAAGGCUGCGGUCGGCAAGAUGCGCGAUGCCUACAACAUCUUCCUCAGUCAGCUCGGCCCCGAGGACCGCAACACCAAGGAGGCAGAGACCUGGCUCGAACAACUCACCCAGAACGCUGUCUCUAUCGCCAAGCACGCCAAAGACAUCCAAGCCCGCCGUCUGCGUCGUAUCAACAUGAACACACGGUCUCUAGGAACCAAGGUCCAACCCCAAGUUGGCCAAUCAACAGCCGAGGUUGCGGCGCCCGCUGAAGCCUCUAAUGCGUCCAUGGAUUCGCGAAGCAUUGAUGAACUGUUGAAGUUCAUCGAGGGUGGUGACACCAGCUCUUCACGAACAAAGCAGAAGCAGCGUGCUGCUGCUAGCAACCCUAAGCUUCGUGGAUCGAAGAAGUCCUCCGCUUAA